ACAUCACAAUUUAGGUUUUAAUAAAAUGGCUUCUGAAUUACUUAAUGCUCAAACAUCUGAUAAAUUAUUGCUCAACGAAAAAACACUUUCUGAUACGGUUAUCAACGAUUCUGGACAUGAAUCUUCUGGAUCACUUAGCGCCGAGCUUCCUUCAACACCUGAGGGAGAGCAAAAACAACACGAUGCCUUCACAAACACUAUUGAGGAAAAAUUGAGUUCUAGCGAUUCCAACGAAACCAAAUUUUUUCGAAUUAAAAUUGCUGUUCCUGGAGGUGAAAAUAUUGAAGUUCAGAUAAGCGACGGUGAUAUUAUUCAAGAACUUUACCAAAUGCUUUUGGAGAAGGAUUCAACGUGCCAUCGAACAUGUUUUCGUCUUUAUUACGAAGGAAAUCCUUUGGAUCAAUUUACAGAAAUUAAAAACAUUCCAAAUAUUCAAGAUCAAGUUGUUUUUACUGUUGUUGAAGAGCCUUACAACAUAAGGGAAGCUCGAACUCAUGUUCGUCAUUUACGUGAGAUUGUUCGUUCUCAUGACAUUUCUGAUGCUGCUAAUGGCGUUGAAUUUGCUUCAUUUACUUGUCUUUCACAAAUUACCCAAGCUGUUGAUGAAAACCGGAAAUCAGCAAGACCUCCAUUAUCAUCAAGUUCUGCAGAAAUACGUUCAGAAUCUGACUGUUUACCUCCUUAUUGGCUUUUACCGGGAUGUGGAGAAGUUCCUCUUAAACCUCUCAUUCCGCUCAAUAGCAAUUACAAAAACAAUGGAAACGAGUCUUUGACUCCAAACUCCUUUCAAGCAAUCAGACAGAUUUAUUUUUCAUCUUUCAAUCCGCCGCCAGGGCCAAGAAAAAUGAAGGGUGAUGUUCUCUAUUUGGUUGUUGAUUGUGUGGAAGAACGACGUUUCCAUAUUACCUGUUGUACCCGUGGAUUUUUUGUUAAUUCAUCUGUUGGUGAUGUGUUCAAACCAGAAAAGUCUUCUGUUUAUGGCAAUCGAAUUUAUCACAGCCUUUUUGAUUUACUUUCUGAUCUCAGUCCACAUUUCAAAAAAACAUUUUCUCAAAUUUUGAAGACAAGAGCUGACAAACAUAUUUUUGAACGUCUUCCAGCGCCAUAUCAACUUUACCAUUGGAUUGUUCCUCUGGUUGACAAUAAAUUGGACCAAAUGAGAGCUGAUGACCAAAUCCAGCCAUUCCGUGUGGGUUUUGAAGACCACAUGCCAGGUCAAAUUAGAGACUGGAAUGAGGAAUUACAAACAACUCAUGAUAUGCCCCAGACAACGUUUGCUGAGCGUUUGUGCCGUGAUCGAGCGCGUUUCAAAGUGAAUGCCGAUUUUUUACAAGCUUGUGUUAGAGGGGCAAUGGCGGUUAUUGAUGGAUCAGUUCUCAGUAUUAAUCCUUCAGAUGAGCCAAAAAUGCAAAUGUUUAUUUGGAAUAAUAUUUUUCUUUCACUUGGUUUUGAUGUCAAGGAUCAUUAUAAGGAAAUUGGAGGUGAUGCAGCAGCCCACGCCUCCUACUCCGCUGAUCUUGCUGCUGUCCAGGCAUAUGCCCAUAUUGAUGACCCUAAAUUACAUACUUGUGGAAUGGCUGUAAUUGAUUUACGAGGGUGUCGUAUAAUGGCUCAAUCAAUUAUUUCAGGUAUUUUGGAUCGGGAGCAACACGAACCAAUAGUUUAUGGUUCAUUUGAUUCUGGGAAAACAGUUCUUUCAAAUGAUGUCUAUGCUCAACUCUUGCAAAAUUCUUCAGAACUUUUAAAAAUACAACCUCAUUUAGUUUGGAAUGGAAAAGAAGGAGAUGAAUAUGUUAAACUAUUUUCUUCUUAUGAAAGUAAAGGAAUUAUUGGAAAUGAUCGAAGGCAUUAUUUAAUGGAUUUAUUGAGAACUUUUCCUCCUGACGUUAAUUUCUUGGAAGAUGCUGAACCUACAGAGAAGGCCAAAGCUUUAGGAUUUCCACGCAAGUUUCCUCAUAAACUUGUUUAUUUAAGACAGGAAUUGGUUGAUACAUUUGUCGAUGCAAAAGUCUAUGAGAAUCGAAAAUCUGUAAAUGCUGCAAAGAAUAAAGAAAAUGUUGAAAAUAAAACUGAUGGAGAGGUGAAAAUUGACAAAGAUGUUGAUGCAAAACCUUCUGAUGAUUUGAAAGAGGAAUCUAAAGUGAAAGAAGAAAAGCCAUUAGUAAUUCGUUUGAAUCCAGAUUGUUACAGCACUGCUGUUAAACAUCAUCCAGAUGAGGAUUUGGAGAGUCAACGAAAAUUAGUAGCAGAGGCUGCAGAGUUUCUUCUUUUCAAUCAAAUCCCUCAAUUUGUCAACGAUUGCAUUCAUUUAGCUUCUGCUCCAGCUGAUGGAGUAGCUCUAACAGAAGCUCUUCACAACAGAGGAAUUAACAUGCGUUAUUUGGGCAAAGUUAUUGAGGCGUUAGAAAUUAAUAAGAAGCUUGGAUAUCUUGUUAGAAUUGCAAAAGUUGAAUUACUUUGUCGCUCUAUUCGUCACAUUUUCCGUGAAUUUAUUCGUUCUGUAGAAACUCAUUGUAUUGGAAUGGCUGUUGCUCACUUUUUAAAUUGUUUUAUUGGUGGAUCAGAAAAGAAUGUAUUGUCUAUGCAAGAUACAGAAAACAAUAAUAAUAUUAAUGGAAAUGGUCAUUCAACAUUACAAAAGAAAAUUGUUUCUGGAGGGAAAAAGAAGCGAAGAAUGGGAGAAAAGAACAAUAAUAAUAACUCAACGCUUGGAAAUGGAAGUACUCCAAUACAAAAGUCUUCAGCUUGGACUAAACUUACUCAAGAAACACUUUGGAAGACUAUUAGCGAUGAAUCUGAUGGGCAUUAUAAUUAUAGAAUUGUUGCUGAUUGUUGUGACUCGUUUAUUGAAUGGAGUGAUGGGGCAAGACGUUCAGCUAUAAUUAGACGUUUCUGUGCAAUGAAUGGAGUCCAAAUUGUUUUGAAGAAUUAUCAAUUUGAAUCAAAAUCUCAAGCACCUUUCUCUGAAGAUGAUAUUUUUAAUUUGGUUCCAGUGGUUAAACACUUAAAUCCUCGUUCUCAGAUGGCUUAUAAUUUUUAUUUGAACGCUUUGAUUAAAAUGCAACAAGGAUUUCCUCGAAUUGGUUAUGAGUUAAUGCAACAGGCUCAUAGCAUGAUGUUAAGUAUUUAUGGCCCCUUACAUUCUGAUUUGGCUCUAUGCCUUCGCUUUAUGGCAAGAAUGGCCUAUGCUAUGAAUGAUUAUCCAGAUGCUUUGGCACAACAACAUAGAGCUUUGUUGAUUUCUGAACGUUGUAAUGGAAUUGAUCAUCACGAAACAAUAUCUGAUUAUAUUAAUUUGGCCCAUUUUUCUUUUGCCAAUUUAUGUAUUACCUCUUCAUUAAAAUUAUUCUAUCGAGCACGUCAUUUACUUCUUUUGGCAUGUGGUGAGGAUCAUCCACAAAUUGGACAAAUUGAUGCAAAUAUUGGUGUUAUUCUUUAUUUGUUACAAGAAUAUGAUACCUCAAUGAGAUUUUUAAAUAAUGCUUUAUCUUUAUAUCAAAAAUAUGGUGUUUCUAUGAAGACAGCUUUGCUUACCCAUGUUAUUUCACGUGUCCAUUCAUGUCGUGGCGAUUUCCGUACAGCUCUAACAUUUGAAAAGGAGACUUUUAAUGUUUAUUCAACUGUAUUUGGUAAUGAACAUGAAAAGACUGUCAUAAGUAGUGAACGUUUACGUCAAUUAACUACCCAAGCUGUUACACUUCAAAAACAUAUGAAUGAAGCUACGAGUGGAUUAAAAACUUCAAAACAAUUAAUGCCUAAAAUUCAAAUUCAACCGCCAACUUUACAAAAUAUAAUUGAACUUCUCAACGCUUUUAAUAAUUUUUUGUUUUGGAAAGUGAAGAUCCAAACAGAAUGAG